CUCAUCACUACAGCUCGCCCUGAACUUCUCCCGGCAGCGUGACUACAGAGCCGCGGCGGUGAAUAAGCCUUUUCGGUUCGGCGCUUCGCGGCCCCAAGAAGACGCAUUAAACCCGUUUAAUAGGAGACAGCGGGCAGUACAGGGUUACACCCGAGGCGUAGACGUCGUGUUUCGCGUCUUUAAGCCCCGCCAGAGCGUCUUCAGUCGAAGUUUCGGAGUCGAGGCCCCGGCGAGGAGCGAGAGAAAAAAGUUUUUGUUGUUGUCAUGUGACGAGCUACGUAUGCGGCGAUAAAGUGCGGCUUCUGUCAGCGUAUUUACCGAGUUUGUUUGAUUUAAACGCCCGAUAAGUGUCUUCCGAGAAUGCCUCAGCCAAAAUACAGGAAGAUAGCCGUGUUGGGGUACCGCUCAGUGGGAAAGUCCUCGCUCACUAUUCAGUUCGUGGAAGGACAGUUCGUAGAUUCCUAUGACCCCACUAUCGAAAACACUUUUAAUAAAAUGGUGUCCGUGAAUGGACAGGACUUUAACCUUCAACUGGUUGACACUGCUGGACAGGAUGAGUAUUCAAUUUUCCCACAUUCUCAUUCAAUGGACAUUCACGGUUAUGUUCUGGUGUACUCGGUCACCUCCAUGAAAAGCUUUGAAGUGGUUCAGGUUCUACACGACAAGCUGCUCGACAUGGUCGGAAAGAUACAGGUGCCUACUGUUCUGGUGGGAAACAAAAAAGACCUUCACAUGGAAAGGGUGAUUAAACCAGAAGAGGGCAAAAAGUUAGCUGACUCUUGGGGGGCUGCUUUCAUGGAAUCCUCUGCUAAGGAAAACCAGACGGCUGUAGAAGUUUUUAAGCGGAUUAUUCUGGAAAUGGAGAAAGCGGACGGAAACGCCCCGUCAGAGGAGAAGAAAUGUUCCGUGAUGUAGGUGCCGGUUCCUUUCAAAGACAUGCAGAGAGCUCCCUGGCUUAGGUUAAGGGAGACAUCACCACCAGUCAACAUGACGCGCAGUACGGUGGGGACUACGGUUCCCAAAACCCACCCACUCCUCACAGCAGACGGGAAGAUUCUUGUAUAAAACGAGAAAAACACGAGUGGUGAGCUGUCCAAAAAAAAAGAAAGCAAGAAAUCCCCAAAAACAAAGUGUCCUGUAGCCUUGAUUACACUACUGGCUGGUUUCAAUUACAAUAUUUGAUAGUGCUUUCCAAGCACAGUACUGCCAAACCUGACUUGUAAAAGCCACCAACAUUUUAAUGAAGCGAAUGUAGACAUUAUUAUUAUUAUUAUUAUUAUCUUUUUCUUUUGUUCUAUUAUUAGCUGACAAGUAAUGCAUUUUUACCUAUACACUGAGCCAUAUGGAGUUGGCACAUGAACUUAUGACCUGGUCAACUCCUCUUGGCUAAAAUGCCUUUGGGCCAACAUUUGAAUUAAGGUGCCCGAACCAUGUGCCUGGUCCACUCUCUAUAUGCAUCCAUACCAUGUACCGUGGCGUGGGUGAGCUUUGUCUUUGCAUAAGCACCUCGUUCUGCUCCAAACUCCCUUAUAAACAUGUGAAACCAACAAAAUGUUGACCUACUUCGUGAAAUGUUUUUUGAUGGUCAUCUUUAUUCUGCGGCUGGGACAGUCCACCCUCGCCGGGGCGCAAAACACGUGCACCCUCUGCUUUUGACUGUAACUUUCAGCCAGCUGUAUUUGGUUGAAAUUUGAGACUUUUAUUCUAGAUUCUGUAGCUGUGUUUAUUUCAUUGGAGAGGCUCUCUAGUUUGAACCUCACGGAAAAUGAAUGUCUCAGUAUUUUUUGUUUUCUCCAUGAGAGUUAAAGCCUUUAAAUGGAGCUGCUGUUCUUUGAAAGACAGACAUUUGCCUCGACAGUAUACUGACGCUGAAAAAGUGGCUUUUUAAACAAAUAAGACGUUGACUUUUAUGCCCCCAGAGUGGUGCAGUUGGUUUGUUUUUGCUUUUGAGGUGGAGAUUGAUUAGAUUUCAAGGGGGUGUACUGUGAAGAAUUAGUGUGUUAGCAGGCAGUGUUUGUUUUCAGGCCGUACUCAGUCGUGGGAUAAGGCUUGGACGUCCCUGGUCAAAUUACAUGAAUUUUUCGAACUAAAAAUAAGUCGACACGUCCACUCAGACAGCAAAUUUCUGCUCACUUUAAAUGCACAAUUAGUGCUGGGCGGUGUAACAGACGUGAGGUAUACGGCAGUAUUUACAGUGAACCGAUGGCUGUACUUCAAAAUUCCACCCGUUUCUGAUUGAGGGCUCAAGGAUUGGUGGUGUGGGAGCUCACCGAUAGAUGCCGCUGAUGGAACGAGGGGGCAAACCGGAGCCAGGAAAACCUUAAGCUUGAUAGUGAUUCGGUGCAGGCUAAGAGCUACACUCUCCACAGGACAUGCUCUCCUCUCCUUUCACUGGACUGUGCUCUGAGAUGUCCCCUAAAUGGGGGUCAUUUUAGCUUCAUAUAUCUGGAUUUGAGCCUGCGCUGUGUGGCACGUUUGGCCUGCUAACUGAGCUAUUGUUAGCCAAGAAAGUAGAGUUGUAGCUGGUUUAAGGGGAGCCUGGCCUCUUCCUAUUUCCCUCGUUAUAUCAAAAACGAGACUGCAAAACAUUAGAGCUCAUCCGCAAGCAACUCUUCAGUGAAUGGGGGUGAAUGGAGCUAAACGACUAAAAGUUAAAAUAGUUCCUAAUCAUUUACACAGAACUUUAAUUUUAGAAAGUAGAAGGAUGCAUUUCACUAAAAAAAGAAAGGAAACUCACCUGUAUG